CAAACUUUGAGCGCGAUGGAUGCCGUGCUUCCAGUGGCCCCGUCGCUUCGAACCGAUGCCGCCCUCGACCUAAAAACACCCUCCACAUCGGUCACUGCAGUUGAGAACCGUCCGUCGACGUUGCCAGGGCCACUCGUUUCUCCACCUGCAGUACCGACGUCCAUGUCGAUGACAAGUCCUCAUCGCCCCAGACCACUCAAGCUCAUCAUCCAGUUGUCGUCGAAGGACGUGGAUGCAGGCGCCAAAGAUGAAGUGGUAUUGAAACCAACGCCACCGAAUGGAGCGUUUGCGAACCUCAAGAAGGAGAACCGAGGAAAGAAAUCCUCGUCCAACACGCCCGAGACGAUUUUGGAAGCUGUGCGCGGCGAUGGGCCAGCCGACCUGGCGAAUGAAGUCGGCCGCCUCAAGAAAUUGGGCAAAGGUGCAGGUGGAACGGUCUACUUGGGUUGCUUUGUGCCCACUCUCAAACUCAUCGCGAUCAAAGAAGUGCAGCUCUUCCACGAAGAAGAUUUUGCCAUGGUGACCCACGAGCUGCACGCGCUGCACGACAACCUGGUGCCGCUCGAGGACGAAGCGACGCAUAAAUCGCUGCAGUAUCUCGGUAAACUCUUCCACCGAAAGCUUCACAUUGGGAAUGUCCACGCGUGUCGGGAUAUGGUGGCGUUCUACGGAGCGUACGCCACGCCAGAAAAGUCCAGUGUGUCCAUCGCGAUGGAGUACAUGAACGCCGGCACGCUGCAGGAUUUCGUUGAUGCCAAGAAGGUCGUCCCGGAGACCGUGCUCCGGCAAAUCGCGCAUUGUACGAUGAAAGCGCUGCACCACAUGCAACUCUACCACAUGCUUCAUCGAGACAUCAAGCCGGCCAACAUCUUGAUGAACACCCGCGGCGACUUCAAGAUUGCCGACUUUGGGCUCGCCGCGACACUGAGCAAGUCCAAGUCAUACUUUUCCGAGUUCCAGGGCACCCUCAUGUACAUGUCGCCCGAGCGCAUUACAGGUCAAAACUACUCGUACCCGAGCGACAUUUGGGCCGUUGGCAUUGUCCUGCUCACGUUGGCCAUGGGGGCGUACCCGUUUGAAAAGCAGGACGGGUUCUUUGGCCUGGAAGAUUCGAUCGUGAAUGAAACCAUGCCAACCCUCCCGUCUCCAGCGUUUUCAACCCAGUGCAACGACUUUGUCCAUGCCCUGCUCGCGAAGGACCCUGCAGGACGCUUGUCGGCAUUUCAAGCGUUGGAACAUCCGUUCUUGGCGGGUUACGAGCCCAACAACGUUGACUUUGCCAAGGCGUGGGCGACGCUGCACUCGCCACGCAACAUGUCCGCCGAUGAAAUCCAGGCAAUCGUAAGGCACCGUCGGCGUGAUGGAUGAGACGCUCAUGCGCCGGAUCUCCAGGUGGCGGCGAUCUUGGAACAGGAACGGGCAGCCGAAGUGGACGAGUUUGACUUUCAUUCGUACCACAUUCUUCACCACGCCCGCGACACGUCGACGUACCAAAUGAGCUUCAAGUAGGAUCGAAGGGCGUGCUCUGGCUUUGUCGAUUGAGACGGACUUGUAGGCACCUAUCGAAUCUCGCCGAGGCAUGCGGCACCACCACCGACGAACUGCUCAAGUAUUUUCACCAGUUGGAGACCACCUCGCCGCCAUCCCCAACGACGUGAACUAGCCAACCCGACAGAGCAUUCCGUGAAUUCACAUAAAUACAAUGUUGAUGAGCUCGGUCGACAGGCUUCCAACGACCGGGUGUACGAGGGGGAGCGUCAAGACGUCUUGUGGUAUUGAUCGUAUCGAGCAGCUUUCUCCCGCUUUGCUGCUAAAUCAUCCUGUAGCCCUUGCAGCUGGUCCCGCAACGUGGUGUACACCGUUCGGGUCACGCUCUUGGCCUCCAAUUCGACCAAUUCCUUGUUGACUUGAUCCAAUUUGGUCCUCUCUUGGGCUUCGGCAAUCUGAACUGUUGCGUGGAGAUUUGGUUCAUCCCGCACUGGCACGUGGAACCGUCGCUUACACCCCGUGCUGCCGAACGCCCCCUGAUGUUUGCACUUAGUCGAUGACAACGACUCGUUUGUCGC